AUGUGGGAUCCUCUCAGCUACAUCCAUCAGGCCGUUGGGGCCAAAUAUUCGGAAAGCAGCUCUGUGAUGCUUCCGUCGUUUUACGAGUACACUACCCGCCCCUUUCUGCUGAAAAAGGAAGAGGAGCAGCUGCGUUUUACCAUGGCCGCCCAAAGGGUAGCUUGGAAGUCGCUGACCCUCCCGUUUUGUGGGAAGGGUUACACAGCACACUACUGGAAUGACGGAGGCGCCGAAGAUUUUGUUCAGAAUCUGAGGGUCGUUGUGAAGACCAUUGAGGACGACGUGACGAGGGGCGGCAGCAUCUACUCUGAUUUUAUGGGGCAAGUAGACAAGCUCCAAAAGGCAAAUAGAGGUGAUGCGGCAGACGUUGUGUUCGAAAAGGAUGUCUCUGUGGACACGUCGUAUACUCGCGAGGCAUUCUUGUGCUUUCAGCUUCGAAGAAGCCUCCAUGUUCCUGCGAGCGUAUCGACGCUGCUUUUGGAGCGGGGCAGUUUCCAUUUUUUUAUCAAGGGGGGAACCUGUACAGUUCCGAUGGCUGCAAUGAUCGACAGUGACGGCGCCCCUGUGCACUACGAGGGCGCCGUGUUAGAUUCUGACACACUCUGCUGCAGCAAUGGAAUCUGCAGAAGUGGUAGGGAUUCAAAGGACCGCUGCUUCAUCACUGUCGUGUCAGCGGACGAAAUAGGCUGCGCAGCAGGUCUGCUGUCUGCGGAGGCGGUGGUGCGAGAUGAGCAUCUGGGAAAGGCUCUGCGAACACUGGUGGAUGCUGGUGUGUUUUUCUGUUUCUCUUCCGUCUACGGCGACGGCUCUGUGCACAAAUACGAGCAGCAGUCAAAGAUGAGCGAUAGCUCGUCGAUGCCCGCAGCAGCACAGGAUUACGCUGUGGCACAUCGUACUCGUGUAGUUCGCUGCAGCAGAAACGCGGAUGCAGUGCACCUUCUGAAUGCCGAUGCGACCAAAAGCAUGCCGCAGGAUGUGACAGCCCUCGAUUUGGCGUUACACUCUCCAACCUUGGUGGCCACCAUGCAAACGACCUCUGGACCUUCGUACUUUGAAGUGGUGCAUCGUGUUGCGCCUGUUGGUAUCUUGAAUGGGCCGCUACUUCUCUCCAUUGCGCACGACAGCCCACUGCAUAACCAUGUUCUCAGACAUGGUGAUACAAUACUUCUGUUUCAUUUUGCUGACCACAAUGUAUGGAAAAAGGGCCCGCCUCGCCAGUGGCUUGUUCCUGCCCGGUGCGACGCUCUAAAAACGAAAGCUGGCUGUUUUUCUGUGCCCCGAUGCUCCCCGGUGGCUAGGGUGCUUCUGUUCACAACGGAAAGGAGCUUUUCAGCUGGUGACAGUGCUGUAGUUAUUGGCAAGGUAACGGACGGAAACCGAACGGAGCAGCCCGUGCGCGCACCCUUUACUUUGUGUUCUAGCCUGUUUCACUACACACCAUUUGUGUGCAAAUUUCUUCAUCGGCAGCAUGGUCCAAUCGGAUUUGUCGGCUUUUCAUUUUCGUUCUGCAGCACCACACCUCUGUUGGCUAUGGCGUUGCUACCUCUUCAUGUCACUGAUUUUAUCAGCUCGGAAACGGAUGUGGAUCCAACGGUAACGCUCUUCUUUUUUCGUGCAGAGUACGGCGGGUUUUCAGUGCGUGCUUAUCCGUAUUUUACUGAUGCGCUGCCGUGCCCGCUCCAUCAUUUGACUUACAAGACGACAAGUUUGGUUGCCGGCGUAGUGACUUGUCGACUAAUUCAGGUGGAAUCGCUACUCGAUGAAUUGAGCGCUUUUAUGUUGCUAUCUGUGAGCCGAGUCGCCUUUGAUGGAUCUGAAAUUUUGCAGUUUCUGGAAUGUUGA